UAAUGGCAAACUUCAAUACAUGCCAAAAUCUGUGAAAAGGCACCUUUAACAGUAACUUAGUAGGUAAACACGGCACGCGGUUUAGACAUAUGGAAAUCGAAAGUGGUUUUGUAAAGAAAUCACAAAAUGGCGUCUAACUUGAACAAUUCGCAGCAAAAGGGAUCAGACGUAUUUUACGACGUUUGUUGUUCUGUUUGCGAAGAGGAUGGGAUACAUAAUGAAGGACUGUUUCAUUGUAAAAUAUGUUUUAAAACAUACUGCGACGAAUGUGUGAAAAUGCACAAAAAGCUACUUAAGGAUCACGCGGUGUCAGCGAAAUCUGACGGUGAAAGCUGGUAUGUUGCGAACAAAGUGGACGAUACUAUAGAGUUAUGUGAGGAGCACACGACUGAGAGACUAACGAUGUUCUGUGAAGAUCAUGAACAGUUGCUAUGUCAUUUAUGUCUCCUCCUAAAACACAGGCAAUGCAGUAAGGUGUUUACAUUGGCUGAACAGGCUAAAUCAAACUCACAACGUAUACCCCUUGUUCAAGUGACGAAAGGAAUAGAAAAGUCGCAGAAGCGUUUAAAGGAUAUGGUGGACAGAGGAAAAGAUAACAUAAAAUCACUUAAAGCUUCUUACGAACAAAUUUGUGAAGAAAUACUUGAUGAACGUCGACAGAUCAACGAGAAUCUUGACCGACUUCAGCAAAACACCAUAAGAGAAUUGCAAUCAAUUCACGAGCGCUUAAAUAAUUCCAUUGAAGAUGACACCAAGCGAUGCUUAGAAUGUAUUUCAAAGUUAAAGAUAUAUGGCGCUAAGCUCAAAGACAAUAUUCUACCUGAACGAACGUUUAUUACGUUAAGAAAAUGUAUUGAUCAAACUGCUGCAGCAGAUUCACUCCUAAAAAGCAUGAUCAAGAAUGAUGGAACUGAUAUUAAAUUCCAGCCUAACCGUGAAUUGAUUCAAUGUCAUGCAGACUGCACUGAUCUUGGGAAAAUCAUCAUAGGCGAUCCACAACAUAACGUUGAUCCAAACAAGAUUGUCAGCAUCGAGGACAAGUCAGAAUAUAAUGUUCAAACAGCUACUGAUAAAUACCCAUGUGCGAUUACGGGUAUAUGUUCAACUUCCAACGGGGAUCUCGUCAUUGCUGACUUUCACAAUAAAUGCGUGAAACUCCUUAAUCAGGCGUACAAGGUGAUUGAUCAAGUUAAGCUGCCUUCUUAUCUGAUGUCCAUGUGUAGCAUUUCCUCCUUCGAAAUGGCGGUGAUUGUUAGCAAACAUAAAGCUGAUGCUUUUAGCGGGAUUCAUUUCUUACGGGUAGAUGGCGGAAAGAUUAUACGCAAACAGGUUCUAAAAAUGAAUCAUGUCUGUUAUGGAAUUGCGCAUGUCGAUGCAGAAGUGUUUGUGACUUCCGGUACUGCGUUGUACGAAUACACAAUGGACGGACGGUUAGUAAAGAAGUUAUACGAAGAUAAUACUGGAAUAUACCGAGUUGUAGGUGUUGGGGUGAGUCCUGAUGGGAAGAUGAUCUAUGUGACGGACAUAAUUAAUGGCAUGCUUCGCACGCUGACCAGGGAUGGAACAGUCACAGCUACGUUCCAGGAUCCCGCAUUCAAACAUGGCAUGAUUACAGCUUACAUACAUGUGGCAGCCACAGGGCAGGUUUUCGUCUGUGGUGACAACUCCAUAAGUCAAGUGGAUACAGUCGGCAAGACAAUCCUCAAUACCAUCUCUGUUGACAUUGCAAAACCUGCAUCUGUCUACUUUAAUGAAGAAACGAGAAAACUAAUAGUUGGAUUUUGGAGCCACGACAACAUCAAUGAGUUCAAAACAAAAACAGUUCCGACUUUUUAAUUGACAAAAAAAGCUAAUAAAGAAAGUAAUAACAGCAUUACGUAAUUGAUACUAUUAUUCAUUUAUUAACCGAAUUUCUAUUUCAAUAAAUUAAGAAGCUUUAAUAAUUAAAUUCAACCUUUUUAUUAUUUUCCUUUUUUGUACAAUUUUACAUGAACGAAAUUUACGUAGUGCAUGUAAUUUACUUUCGGUAAACGGUUGCGAAUUUAUUAAUAACAUUGAAUUUUGGUUUUGAAGUGCAUGUUUGGUUUUGUAUGUAUAUAAGUAUUUUAGAUUUUUAUUCAGAUUUAAUUUCAUACGUCAUUUAAAUGUGUCCUAGUUAUAGUCAUGACAGUCAGAUUAGCUACAAUUAGACCUGAUCAAAACAUGGAAAUAAUGUCAUUCAUUAUAGUUAGCUCACCUGAGCAUGAAGUGGUCAAGGCAAGCUAUUAUAAUCACCCUACGCCCGUUUUCUUUCAGCGUGUAUUGUGCUUUGUGUGUCAUCAACUGUUAGCUCAUUAACAUUCUAGAGGUAACAUGUUUUAUCCGAUCUUGAUUAAACUUGGUCAGCAUAUUUAUAUGGACAAUGAAAUAAUCUGAGUCACGUUAGCGUAAAAAUAGGUGACCAUGUAAAAUGUUUAAAAAGACACAAUUGUUUCCACUUUAAGACCUUAUUUAUUACUCAUUCAUGAUAAAACUUUGCCGGAAUUGUAAUCCUGACAUUGUCUAGGCCAAGAUUGAAUCUGGGUCCGUUGCUUCCCAAACCUAGGUCACCAGGUCAAAUCUUUGAAAAACCUUGUUACUAAUCUAAAGGCCCAAUAUAUGACUCAAACUUGAUGAAACCAGGACAAAAUGUUUAUAUGACAAUAUAAAGGACAGGUUUGAAUCUGGGUCAGGUGUGGUCAAAAACUAGAUCACUUGGUCAAAUCCUUGAACUUAGAUGAGCGCACAAGGGCCAUUAUUAAAAAAUCGCUUUACUGCCUUCGCUGUGAAGACUUUGGUGACUAUAUCGUGUAUAAGAUAUUUGACUCCAUAAUAUAUUUCAUCCGGAAAAAACAUUUGAAACUUGAAAAAAAAAGUUUUGAAGUAAUGAUUGUGAGUGAAUAUGUAAAUAAUAUUGCUUUUUUUCUAGUAGCUGUGAAAUAAAGAGCAAUUGCAUACGACAUAUUUAGAGUAAUACGAUGAUGAAUGAUUAUGACGUGGUUAUCAUUCACAAUUUUAUUGUAUUAUAUCCGGUUCUCGUCGUUAUAUCAUAUAAAGAUAGUGUAUUGUUGUUAGAAUUUGUACUAAUCACGAAGUCAAUCAAAGCCUUCAGGAACUUCUAUCUUUCAAAUGUUGUAGUUUUUGUAUUUCAUAAAUUAAAAUCACCGUUUAGAGUCCCUCUUUUGAUUUUGUUCCGAAUGGAUGGACAAUAUGCUUUAAUGGGAAUUGGAACAUAUUUAAAAGCUGAAUGAAUAACAUCGUCCUACCCAUUGUUGGUCAGUCAUUGUAAGCAGGGAUUACAUAUAAAAAUUCAAUUGAUCACUACGGAGUAGUUUAUUUUUAGCGUCAAUAAUUGAAUGCACGUUAAUAUUUCUAAUAUAUUGAUAAAUUGAUAAUGUGAAACAAUACUACCAUUCUUGAAGGAAUGUGAAAAUUAUGCCAAGAUUAGUGUGAUUAACCUGCAUAAUUUUGUCAAUUUGUUCUUUAAACUUUGCAUCAAACCAAGUCUUGAGCUAUCUACCUUGUUUCAAGAUAAACACUUCAACGUGUCAUUGCAUCUAUUCUUUAAGUGUAAUGUACAUGAACACAUUUCACUUGAUUAACUGCGUGAAUUUGUAUCUGGGUAUAGAUCAGUACAUAGAGAAUAACAGGUUACUGCCAUGUAGUUGUGUAAUCUAUUAGGUAUUAAGGCGAAGAAAAAAAGUGAAUGCCGAGGCUUGCCGAGUGGUUGUUUUAUACGUGCCGAGCCUUUUUUAUGUUUAUUAUAAGUUCAAGUAAGGAUUUUUUUAAGAAACCAUGAAAUAUAAUUAAGCUGAAUUUAAAAAACAACAACAAUAAUAUGAAUAUGUUUAUGACGUUUGAUUUGUUUACCAAGACGUCAUGAGCACUUUUGUUUUUUUUAAAUGUGUGUGCUGCAUCUUGUAUCUACAAUAUAUAACAAAUUGGUAUCAAAUUGUUGGUGUUGUUUAGUAGAAAUAUGACCUGCGUCGAAGCAUUGACUCAUAUAACAACUUCCGGUUUACGUAAUAAAAAACUUAUCAAGUAUGAAAACAAGAGAAUAACAGGUUAAGAGGCUAAGAAUAAAUAAAUCGCGAGGCUUGCCGAGCCGGUUUUUAUUCGUGUCGAGCCUGAAAUUUUACAUAACGAUAAGUAACCUAUUUUUUGCCAUUUUGAACGAAUUAGUAAAAAAACUCUCGAUCUGCACCUCAGGCGGGAAAUAUUUGUAAAAUAAGUUUGAGCAGUUUUGAUGAUGUUUGUGUAUUGAAUAUACUACAUCUUUGUAUCAAUUCGUUUGACUUGUUGAAUCUGUUUCAUUUCUGCCGAAAUUGAAUACAUUACAUUUGAUUUCGAGUCAUAUGUCGUACCUCUAUAUAUUGACUGCGCCUCUUUAUCUCUUUAUCAUACCACUAUAUAUAAUUUAUCACACCUGCGUUGAUAUCGGCUUGAUACAAAGGUGCCUGUUUUAUUAAAACACAAUAUCAGAAAAUGAUCAGUUGUUGAAUGUUUAUAGGUUAGCCUAUAACGCUUCCAAAUCAGGCAUUGGUACCACUCCAAGCGCCUUAGAAAAAUAUAAUUAUAUGAGCCGCGCUCUGUGAAAAGGGGGUUUAACGCAUUUGCGUUAAGUGACACUUUCCGCCUUACCUUGGUUUUUCCUAAGAAAAGACUUUCUUUACACGAAACAUAUCAUAAGGGCGGAAAGUGUCGUCACUGAUUAGUCUGUGCCGACUGCACAGGUUUAAUCUGGGACGAUACUUUACACACAUGAAUUCAACGCUCUUUUUACAGAGCACGGCUCAUUUGUUCUGUUGCGUCUAUUCUGACAAGCAUUGUUUGUUAUGAUUUUAGAAGCAUGAAUGUUUUUUGGUAUAUUUUAUUAUCUCAGUUAUUCUUUUGUUUAAAAUGAUAUGCAUUUAGAGUUGCUGUGUGUAUAAAAAAUUUAUAUACGAUUGUUUUAUGUUAAUUGUCGUUUAAAUACUAUGUUAUAAGUUUGUGUUUCUUUUUUUCUAAUUUGCUACUGGAAUUUUCUAUUUGCUUAUAUAUGGUCUAAAUAAUACAUGUUUGUAUUCGUUCAUUGAACUAAUAAUUCUUUUCUGCC